UGUGAAUCCUCAGUACUAUAGACGAUCUUUGAUACCGGUGUCCAUUUCCCUAAUGUAACGUUAGGACUACCUCAUCCCCGUGUCCUCGAGCCGCAGGAGACAGGAAGUAAGUUCCUUCAAAAUAAAAGACGUUUAAAGAAAAUAAAAAUAUACUGAUCAUAACUCUCUAUAGAAAUCGGUCCCAUUAGUCAGCAUGGGCAUCAAAGUAGCUGUGAGCUGCUCUGUGUUGUACAUCCUACUGGACGUGGUUGUCACCACUGUCCUGUAUGCACACGGAUCAUACUUCAGCAUAUUUAAAAAGGACGCCCUGAACUUUAACAUCCUCCAGUCAGCGCUGGACCUCUGGGGGACUGUACUGCUCAGAGCCUCCCUGCUGCUGGGAGCCUCCAUAGGGGUGUCAUGGAACAGAGAAGACGGCCCACCGAGGGUCGCCAAACUCACCACCCUCAUUCUCCUGAUCUGCCUGAUUUCCAUCACCUAUGCCCUGGCCAAGCUGCUGAUGCUGUCUGAGCUGGGGCCUCUGAACCACCAGCCCUGGCUGCUGAGCCUGAUAAGUUGGACUUGUGCCUCCUCUCUGGGUGUCAUUCUACUCUGGGGGCUGCUGGGGAAGGAGUCCAAGGCAGCGAGCAAUAACACCAGCAGCAGUGGAGGGGGAGGCGGCUCUGAGGACGCUGAAAAGCUGGUGGAGGCAGCUGGUGAGGAGGAACAGGAGGUGGGACGUGAGAGGCAGAAGAAGGUGGACGGAAGCCAGAAGAAGAAGACCAACUCUGGGGCUACACUGGGACGUCUGCUGAACUACUGCAAAAAGGAUGGUGGGCUGCUGUCUGUAGCCGUCCUCUUCCUCAUCAUCUCUGCUGUGUGUGAGGCCUUCAUACCUUACUACUAUGGGAAAGCAAUAGACAGCAUUGUGGUUCACAGGAGCAUGGAGUACUUCGCUAAGCCUGUGAUCAUGCUGUCAGUACUGGCCUUUGCAAGUUCACUGGCGGUGGGAGUACGGGGAGGAGUCUUCACCCUGACUUUUGCAAGGUUAAAUCUGCGGCUCAGGAAUCAUCUGUUCAGAACUCUGAUGAGGCAGGAAAUUGCCUUUUUUGAUGAGAACCAUACAGGUGACAUCAUUUCACGUCUGUCAGCUGACACCACCCAGGUGAGUGACCUCAUCUCUCAGAAUAUCAACAUCUUCCUGCGGAGCACCAUCAAGGGCGCUGGCUUCUUCAUCUUCAUGUUUGCGAUGUCCUGGAAGCUCACGCUGGUGACUAUCAUGGGAUUCCCCUUCAUCGCCCUCGUCUCUAGGCUUUACGGCGAAUACUACAAGAAAUUAACCAAAGAGGUGCAAACAACCCUUGCAGAGGCCAAUAAAGUUGCAGAAGAAACCAUUUCGGCCAUGAGGACGGUACGGAGCUUCGCCAAUGAGGGUGGGGAGGCCGACUCCUACUACGCCAAGCUUUUGGCCAUGUUCCAGCUCAACAAAAAACAAGCCCUGGCCUACGCUUGCUACAUGUGGUCCAGUUGUAUCUCAGAGCUUGCCUUAGAGGUUGCUAUCCUCUACUAUGGCGGCCACCUUGUGGUAACCAAUCAGAUGAGUAGUGGUGCCUUGAUAUCUUUUUUCAUAUACAUGCUCGAACUGGGAGAAUGCCUUGAGAGUAUAGCAUCGGUCUACACGGGCCUCAUGCAGGGAGUUGGAGCUGCUGAGAAGGUUUUCGAGUACCUGGACAGGAAACCCAAACACCCAGCCGAUGGCACAGAGGCUCCAGACACGUGCGCCGGCCUGGUUGAAUUUAAAGACGUCACGUUUUCCUACCCAACACGCCCUGAGAUUGAUAUUCUAAAGGGAGUGUCCUUCACUCUGCGGCCUGGCGAGGUGACCGCCCUUGUGGGACCGUCAGGCAGUGGGAAGAGCUCCUGUGUGAGUCUGCUGGAGAACUUCUACCUUCCACAGCAAGGCCAAGUUCUGCUGGACGGGAAGCCAGUUCAGACCAUCCAACACGACCACCUCCACUCCAAGGUUGCUCUUGUGAGCCAAGAGCCUGUGCUGUUUGCCCGCACGGUCAAGGAGAACAUCGCCUAUGGCCUGACUGACGUCCCCAUGGAGGCUGUGAAGCAGGCGGCCACCAAGGCUAAUGCUCACCAUUUCAUCACCACCCUCCCCAAAGGCUAUGAGACAAGUGUUGGAGAGAAAGGCUCCCAGUUGUCAGGGGGGCAGAAACAGAGGGUGGCCAUUGCAAGAGCUCUCAUCCGCAACCCUCGUGUUCUUAUCUUGGACGAGGCGACCAGCGCCCUGGAUGCAGAGAGCGAACACAUUGUUCAGCAGGCCCUGAACAACAUCAUGCAUGAGCACACUGUGUUGGUGAUUGCCCAUCGUCUCAGCACAGUAGAGAAGGCACACAACAUCAUCGUGAUCGACAGGGGCCGUGUGGCCGAACAGGGGUCUCACAGUCAGCUGAUGGCCAGCGGGGGGCUGUACUACAAGCUGGUACAGAGGCAGGUCCUGGGCAUAGAGACAGGGGCAGAAGUCCUGAACCCACCUGAAAAACUCAGCUGGAAGUCUGAUGGUGGAAGGCAGCAGAGAAGACAAAGCAGCAGCAGCAGCAGCAGCAGCAGUGAGGCCGAGUGCAAUGUGCGCUACUGAGAAUAGACUGCAGUGUGUGGAAAUGGGAUUGGUCUGCUGGAUGUUUUUUUUUUUUUAGGGUUGCUAGUGUUUUGAGUUAUUUUGGGAAGGAGAUAUUGUAGAAUUGUACUGUAGAAGAUAUUUUGUACAGAUAUUCAGCAGCUUAAAGUCUAGCCGUUGUCAUGCAAAGAGAAGAAAAUGACCUUAAACGGAAUGUAGACCUCAAAACACUACUGAAGGAACUUGAUAUAUUUUAUGUGGAAUUUGAUCAAAGUGUUAUGUCUUAAUCAGCUUAAAUUAAGAUCCACUUACACUGAAAAACUUAGUAGCACUUUUAAGCUAAAAAUACAUUGAAUGUAUCAAACCAUAUCACAGAGGGUUGGCAUUACCACUGAAAAUAAAACCUGAAUGAAUGAUGAUAUGAUCACUAUCUGAUAGAGCUUUAAGAAUUGGUAAUGUUGCCAUUGAUGUACUGUUUGUGGUUGUUUACCUCAUCAUUGCACUGCAGAUAAAUAAAUAACUUUCUCAGGA